AAACAGAUAUGGCAGCACGAGAUCCAUCGCCUUUUAACCACCAUAUUAGUCUGUUCAACGAUGCACGCAUCGCUCCUCACACUACCUCCCCAUCGGCCCGCCCCGUUGUGACUCCUCGCACACCUCCAAAUCUUAGACCACCCCGUCUAACGCUUAGUCUGUCCCAUCCCACAAGCCAGCAAAUCCAGCCAACGCACGAAACAAUCCAACAAACAUGGGCAGCGUUCGAUGCCAUGUCGGAAGCACAGCGGAACAUGCUAUUGAAGGGAUUGGUGGCAAGAUGUGGUGGAAAGCAGGUUGAAGGUCUCUGUACUUGGUUGAACUUGCGGAUGGUGGACGGGAGUAGCCCAACUGUUUACCCAGAAAAUGUCUCCAGCAAAUACGCAACUGCUGUACACAAGUCCAAAAGGAUGCCCGCCAAAGGAGCAUCACUUGCCGCUGUAGCAGCUGAGAGUACGACCGCAAAGACAUCGGUGCUGGACACCGCGAGGCAGCUGGCUGGGUUUACCGGAUUGAAAAAAGAGGUGAAAUUGCCGCAGAUUGAUCGAGGAAAGUCAAGAGUAGCUACUGAGGAAGAUGACGAUUCUUUCUUUCCAUCCGCUCAUGCAUUAUCCAACCCUACCCCGAACUUGGCGCAAGAUGGGGGUUUUGCGAGCCACCGCCUUCACAGUGCAGACCGACCCCACAACAUAAACAUUAAUCUCUACACUAAACUCCUCCACACCCAUCAGGAUGCCGAUACCCUUGCAAAGCAACUUCUUCGCGCUGGUCCGGAACCGACACGAACCUUUAUUCACUUCCUCUCCAACCGACUCCAAAAAUCCCAACAUCUGAUCACAAGCAUCACCGAAAUCGCCAUGGAGCCCGAUACAGAAAAGGCCAUGAACGAUCUUCUCAACCAUCUGCUGAAUACAGUCGACGCCAGAUAUGCGACAGUCUACCUCCUUGAAGACACAAUACCAGAAACGACCGUGGUCCGCGCUAGUAAUUGGGCUCAAGUUGGCAACAGCGUCUCGCUCCAGAAUAUCUUCAAUGGCCCUACACUCCAGAAACUCGGACAACCCAGCAAUGCGUACAAUGUAAAAACAUCGGAACAGUAUACCGACGAUAUUCAAGAUGCGUACGCUUCGGUUAAUCCAGACUGCAUCCUUUCAGCACCAAUCCUGGACAAUGAAGGUCGAUUCGCGGGAAUAUUGGAGCUUAUCAACAAGACCACUCCAACACCUUUUUUUGAAGCUGAGGACGAAAGUGUAGUCAAACUUGUCGCAAGCCUGUGGACAGUGCUGAUGAAACGGUCUCAAAUAUUGUUGGAGCAGACGCAGCAAACGGCGGAUAUUAGGGCUUUCCUAAAUACCGCUUCAGUGAUGACUUCUGAAAUCGACUUGGGGGACUUGAUCAAAGUUAUCAUGCAAACAUCUCAAGAGCUCCUCAAAGCCGAGCGAUGUUCCCUGUUUAUGGUGGACAAAGAGAAGCAAGAAUUGUGGACUACCGUUGCGCAAGGAACGGAGGAGAUUCGCAUACCCAUCAACAAAGGGAUUGCCGGGCAUGUCGCCAUGACCGGUACACUGCUCAACAUCCCAAAUGCUUACAAGGAUCACCGCUUCAAUCGCUCCGUCGAUCUCAAAACCGGAUACCGCACCCGUAAUAUUCUCUGUAUGCCCAUGAAAAACAGUUCGGGGAAUGUCAUCGGUGUUACGCAAAUCAUUAACAAGUUGCCCGAAUCGGCGGUGUUUAGUCGGGAGGAUGAAAUGCUAGGAAUGAGUUUUGCCGGAUUAGCUGGUGGGAUGCUCGAAAAGUCUCUCCAAUUCAAGGCCCUUCAAAUCCAGCUCCAGAGCACCACAGCUGAGCGAGACUUGGUCAGUACCGCUUUUCAAAAUACCCCCCACAUCAUCCUGGCUCUCGACCACGCUGGCAGACUGUUAACCGUCAAUGAUGCAGUGCCGUUGGGACUUCCUGAUCUAUCCCUCCUAAGACUUACCACCUACGACACCUGGCUUUCCCCAAAUGACGUACUCAUAUCUGACAUCAAAGCCACGUAUGAAACCAAUCGUCCAGCGUAUGCGGAGGGAUAUGUCUUUCGUACUGAGGAUGGCGCGAACGUGGAUGUGAAUUAUGCUGUGGUAAAGAUGGAAAGCGGGCUUAUCAUAGAUGUGGAGGUUGUCGGGGACGAUAGGAGACUUGCAGCAGAUCUGGGAAGAUAUAUGCAUCUGGGGCUGGUGCGGGAGGUCCAAGGUGACGACGCAUCGCUGCACGGGAAGAAAAGUCAGAUGAGCGUGCUGGUUGCAGAGCUGAGAGAGUUUGCAUCCAUUACCAACAACUUCCCACCAUCCUCCGUGAUUACAUUGCUGAACGAGCACCACUCAUCGAUCUACGCCUCCAUUUCAUCGGAGAACGGCCUCCUUCAAACUCAAACUGGUCCCACCACCCUCUCACUAUUUGGUCUACCAUACUGUUCACCCACAGAUGCCGUAAGAUGUGUUUCCUGUGCUUUAAAAAUCAAAGACUCUAUCUUGGAACGCAAUGAAAAAAGCACAGUUAAAAUGGAGGUUGGAAUUGGGAUUGCGACGGGGGAUAUGGUGUGGGGCCUGGUAGGACAUCCGAAGCGAAGGGAUGUUGUGGGUGUUGGCGAUCCUCUCCAUCUUUCAACUCAUCUCCGCACCAUCAUAAAAACUUACACGUCCAAAACAUCCAUCCUCAUCUGCGAAUCGACAAAGGAGGCCGUCAAAGAGCAUUUUCAUCUUCGUGAACUGGACGCUAUAUCAUGGGGUGAUAAGCCUGAUACCCCGGCAUUGGUGAUUUACGAGGUUCUACAUCCCUCCACAAUAGAGUUGGAUAAGAAUGUUAUGACCUCACUCAUAUGCUACGAACUAGGACUUUCUGAUUAUCGCUCAAGAAAUUUCGGAACUGCUUUGAAUCAUUUUCGAAAGGCGGUUCAAAUGACCCAAGAUGAGCCAUCUAAAACAAUGGUGGCGAGAUGUCGACAGGUGCUGGAUGGACGGGUCGUUGUACCGCAGGAAUGGGAUAGUGUAUGGAGGUGGGAUGGAUGAUCUUGGGGCAUUAAGCUUAAGACUUAAAAAAUAUUGUAAAAUACUGUAAUUGGUGCAUUGGUUCUAUUCAUCUACUUCUUGAC